AUGACGUGGAUUGUUUGGGCAAGCACCGAACUUGGGAAGAAAGGCGUUGCCCUCGCAGAAAGCCAAGCUUCCAAGUCUAAGGAUCAGUUGGACAAGACAAUGAGCGAGCUCAAUGAGAAAGUACGCAUUCUGGAUAAUUCUCUUCAUGACCGGGAUUACAUCCUUGGGGACUCGUACUCGAUUGUUGACACGCAUCUCUGGGCUACUGUCAGGUGGCUGACUUAUACGGGGUUGGACCUGGCUGCGUUCCCUACCCUGGAGGCCUGGAAGAAGAAGAUAGAACAGAGACCGGCUAUCCAGCAGCUUUAA